CAACAUCAUUCACCUCCAAUCAUUUUACUCUUUUGAGAAGAGUUAUUGACUACAAUAUAUAAAACUUCGAGGGGAUUGAUAGAAAAUACGUAUCAUCAUCAUCGUUUAAAACUAUUGUUGUUUAAACAGGAUAAAAUUAGACACAAUCGUUAAACACAAUUCUGUUCCUCACUCAGCCUUAUUAAUAUCAAAAAAAGGAAGAUUUAAAUUUUGAUAAUAAUAAUUUUGCAAUGUUUCCGCAUAUUUACCAUGGUUACAUUCCGACCAAUCAACAGCAAAUAAUUAAGGCCAAAAUUGAUCAUUAUACAUAUGAAAAGGAUGAUGGAUAUUUUAACAAACCUUUAAAUUCAUCAUCACUUUCUCAAUCUACAAAGAGAGGUGAUUCACUUAAUUCAACAAAUAACCAAUCCGCCUAUUUUGUAAAAUCAUUUGAUCCAAAACAAAACACAACAAAUACUACUAUUACCAUGAGUCAUGCCACUCAGAAAACUCAUAGUAAUCGAGUUGACCAAUUAAUGAAUAGUGUUGAAAAAGUGGCGCUUUCAACAACACGUUCUAUCAAAUCAGAACAAUUAUCAAUUAGACCCAAUUCUAAUCAAUUUAUUAAUAAGAAACUUACUGAAACAACAAGUGGAGAUUACAGAACAUAUUCUUCAACGGAUUUCCCAAAAAGAGUGACAGCUCAGCAAGUUGAAUUUCGAAAAGGUCCACAAAAUAUUGAAAAGCAUGAAUAUGAACAUUUAUCAACAAGUAUUUCACAAAGAAACAAAGAUGAAUUAUCUAGAAUUCCAGCUUCAUCCUAUAACCCAAAGAAUCACCUUGUAAAAACAGAUAUCAGUGAAGAUUUCAAACCAUCAACCAUUACGAAAUGUCCACCUGGUAAAUUAGCUUUAACUCAACCAGAUAUUAAAACAUAUCCAAAACCUGAAUGUGGACUUGAUGGUCAACCCUCUGGUUAUUCAACAGACUUUUCUAUCAAGAAUGAUUUUCUUUCCUCAACUGCUGAUAUUGAAGGAGUUCAUCCCCAUUCUAAAUUUUAUAGAAGUAUGGGAUAUUCUGGUUAUGUUCCAGACGAAAAUCAUACUUCUCUGUAUGGUAAAACAUUGUCGAAUAGUAGUGGCAAUAACAAAACAAUGAGUAAGAGUUUUGGUUCAUCACUUGAGAAGAAUACUGUUGCAUUUUCAAGUACGAAUGGAAUGAAUGCAAAUCAAUCUCUUUACAGAAAUAAUGGAUCUCUUAGACAACCUCGAUGUAUUACAUUCCAAUCCAGCAACCAUGGAUCUAAUCAUUUGCCAGGAUAUGGUGGAUUUAUUUCGCCUUCAAUAUCUAGAGAUUCCAAACCCCAACCUCCAUCCAAUACUUCUGAUUACCAUCUUGUAAAUACAAUGAAGAAAGCUGCCUCAAUAGAGAAUCCAAAUGUAACACGAGAAGACUAUAUGAAAGGGUGGAAAAAUGAUUCACAAUUGAAAACAAUAUUUGGUGAUAAUAAGGACAAAUCCUACUUUAGAAAUAAUGCAAUGUUGCGAGAAUUUUACACUUAUAAUUAUUAA